GUGCGAGGCAAAUCAAAUCGACGCUAUCCAGCAGCGGCGCAGUUCAAGCUUCUUUCCACAUCAUAUGCAUUUACUGCCGUAGUGCUCGUUAGUUCAAUCAAUUGUCCUACUCACGGCUCGCCGUCGCGACCGCUGAAGGAACGAAAGGAAUGUCCACCGCCAACACGCCGUGGGUUGAAAAAUAUCGCCCCCAGACGGUGUCCGACAUCGUCGGCAACACCGAGGCCAUCUCACGUUUGCAGGUGAUCGCAAAGGAGGGCAAUCUGCCGAACCUGCUUCUCUGCGGCCCCCCGGGGACGGGCAAGACAACGAGCAUGCUGUGCUUAGCUCGGGACUUGCUGCUACAGAGCAGCGCCGCAGCAUCCGCCACCGCCACACUAGACAAGACCAGGGGCAAAGACAUCCUCAAGGACGCGGUGCUGGAGCUGAACGCCAGCGACGACCGUGGGUUGGAUGUGGUGCGGGAGAAAAUCAAGCUCUUUGCGCAAACCAAGAAGACGCUUCCGAAGAAGUUCUUUACGAGCGGCGAGGGGGCGCAGGCGGCGGAGCAGGUCGUCCACCUUCACAAGAUGGUGCUGCUGGACGAGGCGGAUAGCAUGACACCCGCUGCCCAGCAGGCGCUGCGUCGGACGAUGGAGCUGCACAGCAGCACUACGCGUUUUGCUUUUGCGUGCAACAACAGCAGUAAAAUUAUCGAGCCGAUCCAGUCGCGCUGCGCCGUGGUUCGCUUCAAGAAACUUGGCGACGCGGAUAUCCUUCGGCGGCUCGUGUACGUGAUACAGCAGGAAAACGUGUCUUACACAGACGACGGCUUGGAAGCGCUGUUGUACCUCGCGGAAGGUGACCUGCGUCAGGCGAUGAACUCCCUGCAGGCGACGCACACCGGCUACGGUCUCGUGAACGCGGACAACGUGUUCAAGGUGUGCGAUCAACCACAUCCGGUGCUGGUGGAGAACAUCAUAGCGGCCUGUGUAACGAAGCGCAGCAUCGAGGAGGCGCAUAAGGAAAUGAAUCGACUGCUCAAUCGCGGCUACGCACCGGCGGACGUCAUCGCGACGUUCUUCAAGGUGGUGCAAACCAACGCGCGCUUAUUCCGUAGCGAACUGCAGCAGUUGGAAGUGCUGAAAGUCGUGGGUGAGACGACGAUGCGCAUUGCGGAGGGCGUGGGCACACCGCUGCAGUUGGCGGCGAUGCUGGCACGCAUGAUCGCCGCGGUGGAGAAUAACGAAUCAUAG